AUGGAUGACAAAAAAUUAGAAACCAAUAUAGAAGAAAAAGAACUUGGCAAUGAGGGUAGAGCAGAACAGCCAGGAAAGCUGGUUGAGGUCAGUUCCGAUAGCUUUAACGAAAUGGGAAGCAUAAAUAAAAAUAAGACUAGCACGAACAUUGCUGUCGAGGGUAUGUAUGAUACCGAAGAUGAAUCAUUGUAUGAGAUUGAAUUAGAAAAUGUUUUAGAAAAAAUGGGAUAUCUAGAUUAUGAGAAUUUAACAGACGUUCCCGAAUCAGUAAAAUAUAUCGUCUCAAAAGUUCGUACCCUAUCACCAGAAGAGGGAUUUGAUAUUCUUAAGAAAGCUGCUGUUGAGUUCGAAGGCGAUCCUAAUAUACCUGAAUUAGAAUAUGAGGAACUUCAAAAGUUUGGAAAAGCGGAAGAUAUUAGUCAAUUUAAUGAAAUUGAAAUUUUCGAAUUGAGAACUUUAGCUGCUAUGAUAAAAUUUCAUUCACCUUAUAAAGAGGUUAGAGCAGUUGUCGAAGCAACAGAUGACCCUAAUAUUCCAGUUGAAACAUUCAGAUCAUAUUUUUUGGCAUUACUAUGUGCCAUUGUUGGAUCUGGUUUUAAUGAGUUUUUUUCACACAGAGUUGUCACUAUUAGUGUAAAUACUUCUGUGAUUCAAAUGUUUUUAUACUUUUUUGGUAAAGCUUGGGAAAGGUAUAUACCUUGCUGGGGCAUUAGCGUUAAAGGAAGAAAAUAUGCAAUAAAUAUUGAUAAACCUUGGACCGCAAAGGAACAAAUGUUUGCAACUUUACUAUUUGCUAUCUGCUCAGGCACUUUUUAUACACAUUAUAAUAUUCUAACACAAAAGGUUUAUUACAAAGAAGAUGUCCCUUUCGGCUAUCAGUUUUGGUUGUCUUUAAGUGUACAAUUCUUAGGAUUUGGAUUUGCUGGUAUCCUAAGGCGGUAUGUAGUUUACAACCCCAGAGCUUUAUGGCCUACAGUUAUGACAACAUUGGCAUUAAACAAGGCAUUGUUGGAUAAUAAACAGGAUAAAGGGAAUGGAAUGAGUAGAUAUAAGUUUUUUUUUAUCACUUUCUCAGCCAUGUUUAUCUAUAAUUGGUUUCCAACUUAUAUUAUUAAUAUUUUAAACACAUUCAAUUGGAUGACAUGGAUAUCACCUCAAAAUCUUAAACUUGCUUUAAUAACCGGAGGCGUUUCUGGGCUAGGAUUUAAUCCAUUCCCUUCCUUUGACUGGAAUGUCGUAUCAAACGUUUCCCCUCUAAUAAUACCAUUUUAUUCCAAUAUGACUCAAUUUUGUGGUGCCUUUUUUGCAGCACUAGUAAUCAUUGCAGUUUAUUUCACAAAUUACAAGGACUGUCAAUAUUUGCCAAUGUUUACUAAUCCGUUAUUCACAAAUAAAGCUACAGUAUACGAAAUAACAAAUAUCCUAAAUUCUGAUUUUAAAAUUGAUGAAAAGAAGUAUCAAGAGUAUUCUGCUCCGUAUUACACAGCAGGAAACUUAGUUGCUUAUGGCUCUUUUAUUGCACUUUACCCAUUGUUAAUCGUAUACUCAUUUAUCACAGAUUGGGAACUUUUGUCUGGAGCAUUUGGUCUAUGGAUCAAUAGUCUUUGGUCUUUUAGAUCUUGGAAUCAAUGGAAAAAAACUUUCUCGAAACAAUAUUCAGCCAUGGAUAGUUAUGAUGAUGCUCAUUCUAAUAUGAUGAAAAACUAUGCCGAGGUUCCCGAUUGGUGGUACUUCAUAAUAUUAAUCUGUUCGAUAAUUGUUGCUAUUUGUGUUUGUGAAAAAUAUCAAACGAAUACUCCAAUAUGGGCCUUAUUUGUUUCUAUUGGGUUUAAUUUUGCUUUCUUGAUCCCAUUAACAAUCUUAGAGGCUACGACUGGGUUUAGUUUUGGGUUAAAUCUUUUAAUUGAAAUGAUAAUUGGUUAUGCGUUGCCAGGUAACCCUCUUGCAUUAAUGUUAGUAAAAGCUUUUGGCUAUAAUAUUGAUGGGCAGGCUGAUAAUUAUGUAUCAAAUUUAAAGAUGGGUCAUUACUCUAAGAUUCCACCGGUUGCAUUAUUUAGAGGGCAAUUAAUUAUGGUUUUUAUUCAAAUUUUUGUUAACCUUGGUGUGUUAAAUUGGUCUAUCUCAAAUAUUAAGGGUUUCUGUACAAGGACCCAGUCUGCAAAAUUUACAUGUCCGGAUGCGCAAACCUAUUAUAAUGCCUCUGUUGUUUGGGGAGCAUUAGGACCAAAAAAAAUUUUCAAUGAAGUAUAUCCAAUCUUAAGAUGGUGUUGGUUAAUUGGAGCUCUUAUCGGCUUAUUUUUCGGGAUCUGGAGGAGAUUUGGCUCUAAAUAUUAUCCUAAUUGGUUUAAUCCAGUCUUAUUUGUUGGUGGGAUGAGUAAUUUAUCACCUCCUUAUGGUCUAAUGUAUUUCAUCCCAGGCAUAGUAGUAAACUGGUUUUCCCAAUAUUAUAUGAAAAGGAAUCAUUUACGUUUAUGGUCAAAAUAUAAUUAUAUUUUAGAUUCUGGAUUCACAUCUGGUUUAGUUCUAUCUGCAAUAAUUAUCUUUUUUGCAGUGCAAUUUAAGGACACAGAAUUGAGUUGGUGGGGAAACAACGUUCCAUACAAUGGUGUUGAUGCAAAUACAAUACCAUUACGAAACGUGUCAGCAUUACCAAGAGGUUAUUUUGGACCAGAACUUGGUCAUCUACCGUAA